GCGGUGCGGGGACAGCGAGCAGGGGUGCGGGGGACACAGCGCGGAGCCCCGCGGAACCAUGACCUCCCGCAGGUGGUUUCAUCCCAACAUCAGUGGGAUAGAAGCAGAGAAGCUCCUCCUGACCAGAGGUGUCCAUGGCAGCUUCCUGGCUCGACCCAGUAAGAGCAACCCAGGAGAUUUCACACUCUCUGUCAGGAGGAACGACGAGGUGACACACAUCAAGAUCCAGAACACGGGGGAUUACUAUGACCUCUAUGGAGGGGAGAAGUUUGCCACCCUGGCAGAGCUGGUGCAGUACUACACUGAGCAGCACGGGCUGCUGAGGGAGAAGAACAGCAAUGUCAUUGAGCUCAAAUAUCCCCUCAACUGCCAGGAUCCCACCUCAGAGAGGUGGUACCAUGGGCAUCUGACUGGCAAGGAGGCAGAGAAGCUCCUGACAGAGAAGGGGAAGCCAGGGAGCUUCCUGGUGAGAGAGAGCCAGAGCAAACCAGGAGAUUUUGUGCUCUCAGUGUUGACAAACGAGGAGAAGAUGGAGACGGGGGAUCGGAAACCUCACGUCACCCACGUCAUGAUCCAUUACCAGCCCGAUGGGAAGUAUGAUGUGGGAGGAGGAGAGAGGUUUGACACACUCACUGACCUGGUGGAGCACUAUAAGAAAAACCCCAUGGUGGAGAAAUCUGGAGCUGUGGUUCACCUGAAGCAGCCCUUCAAUGCCACGCGCAUCAACGCGGCCAACAUUGAAAACAGAGUGAAGGAGCUGAACAAAAUGGCAGAUCAGAGUGAGAAGGCCAAGCAAGGGUUCUGGGAAGAGUUUGAGAUGCUGCAGCAGCAGGAGUGCAAACUCCUCUACCCCAGGAAGGAGGGACAACGACCAGAGAACAAGGCAAAGAAUCGCUACAAGAACAUCCUGCCCUUUGACACCACUCGGGUGACACUCCGGGACACAGACCAGAGCGUGCCGGGCUCUGACUACAUCAACGCCAACUACAUCAAGAGCAUCCCAGAAGAUGGCAGGAGCUCAGAGCACUGCAAGACCUACAUCGCCACCCAGGGCUGCCUGCAGACAACAGUCAACGACUUCUGGGCCAUGGUCCACCAGGAGAACAGUCACAUCGUUGUCAUGACAACCAAGGAGGUGGAGCGGGGCAGGAACAAAUGUUUUCGGUACUGGCCAGACAAGGGCUGCACCAAGGACUAUGGGGACAUCUCUGUGACCAACGUCAGCGAGAGGGAGGCCCAGGGCUACUGCCUCAGGGAGCUGGAGAUCCUGCGGGCUGCCCGGGACGAGUGCCCAAGGCUGGUGAAGCACUAUCAGUAUUUUAGUUGGCCUGACCACGGGGUGCCCAAUGAACCUGGGGGGGUUCUGAGCUUUCUGGACCAAGUGAAUCGGGCACAGAGAAGCAUCCCAGACACGGGGCCCAUCGUGGUGCACUGCAGUGCUGGAAUAGGACGCACAGGCACCAUCAUAGUGAUAGAUAUCCUGGUGGAUAUUAUCCACAGGCAAGGCUUGGACUGUGACAUUGACAUCCCCAAAACCAUCCAGAUGGUCCGGAGGCAGCGCUCGGGCAUGGUGCAGACAGAGGCCCAGUACAAGUUUGUGUACAUGGCUGUCCAGCAGUACAUUGAGGUGGAGCAGAAGAGGUUGGAAGAAGAACAGAGGAAUAAAAGGAAAGAACGAGACUACUUGAAUAUUGGCUGCUCCCCUCUGGAAAAAGGCAGAGCCCCAGGGCAGCCCCCACCACGGGCCCACUCUGUGGCUGAGGAUGAUUCAGCUUCUGUCUAUGAGAACCUGAACAUCAAAAGCCCAAAGGUCUCAGGGAUGAGUAACACAGGGAGAUAAAGGAGCUGGAGGUUUGUCAGUGUUUGCCUCCACCCUUUCCAAGUUCUGCAAUCAUGGACAAUUUUUUUUUGCCUCUCUUGCCUUUCCCAAGCACCUUGGAUUCAGCAGCUGAGAAGCAAGCAGAGCCUCCAGAACCUGCCUUGACCUAACUUAUUCAUCAGAAGGAUCUUCCCCCCUUCCCCCCUCUAUCCAUGGGCUGCUAUUUAUGUGGAAGUGCCUCUGGACAUUCAUUAGGGCUUCAAGGCUCAGUUGUUUCCAUUUCUCUGGGUUUUCUUGUUUGUUGGUUGUUUUGUUGAUUGUAUUAUUACUUUUUUUAAUUUAAGAUUCUUAUUUUUUACACACAAAGGAACAGAAAUGACUUGUUGCUUAGGAGCUUGCCCAGGGUUGAGGGUGUUGGGAAAACAUUUUAAUGUUUUCCUUAGGUCAGUCGUUUCUAAGUUUUGCAGUGGUUUUUAGGCUCCAACCUGGAGUCUCCUUGUUGCCUUGUGAGGGUGAGAAACUGAGAGCCCUGCCUGAGCCCAGCUCUCUGCUUCUCUGCUCCUUCUCACCCUUCCCUUUGCCCAUCCCACUCCUGGAUUUCUGUGCAACCCUCCUGGAGCAUCCUCAGCCAUCCCUGUGUUUGUGAGUGUGUGUUUGUGAGUGUGUCUGUGUGCAUGUGUCU